AGGUCGACCUGCCAGUAUAUUUUUCCACUGGGGCCGAGGGAGAUAGUUCCACGGGCGUAACUCCAGGAUAAGCCUCGACACAGUCCGACCACGCAAAGAAGAGGCAAUUUCACGUGUGAUGAACACGUCUGUCCGAAUUGGGAAAUGUCGCGUCGCGUCGCGUCAGCAGUGCGCGUGUAAUACAUUGCAUUAUCACACGAGAUGACGUCGACUGGGGCCGGGAUCGGCGGGGGUAUAAAAGGGCGCGAGGAAUUCACAAUCCCCAUCACAAGUUUUCCGUCUACCACGAGCAUCUCUAGCUUCUCAACCACACACUCGUUAUCAUCACUAUCACCAUCACCAUCACUAUGCUCUUCCGCGCCAACUUCGCUGCCGUCGUCAUGCUCGCCCUCACGCUGUCCGCGUACGCGGCACCAUCCAUCCCCCCCGAAGACGAAAAGGCCGCCGAGGCUGCCCUCGGGGCUGGCCAAAACAUCGCCAGCGGCGCCGAAGGAACCGUCUCUGGUCAACUAGACAAAUCUCAUGCUGGGAGGGAUGUCACCGCCCGUGCUGGCAUUAUUCCCUCCAAGCCUAACACCAAAGUCCCUCCUCCCGCCGGUGGCCUCCCCGACGUCAACGACGCCGAGGCUCAUAUCUCCCAGCGUGUCCAGGUAGCCGAAGACUGUAUCGCUGACUCCAUCCAAUCCUGCAUUGCUAGGACUGACGGAUCCGCCAGAGACUGCCUCGCGGGCUCUUCUAAAGACUGCUUUGCCACGCUCGUCUCUUCUAUCACAGGCCGCGCCAUCCAGCACAUUUAUAAUCGUCUGGAAGCUAUCAACCCCAACCCCACCGCGAAUUAGAAGCGCACCACCAACGAUGACGAUAACGACGCGUCGCAUCCUGACGUCUAUCGUACUGUUGUUCACCGUAUGUAGGGAUUAGGGUGUUCU